AUUCCACGCGGCAGCGACCACGUUCCCCGUUCCUCCCACCCCACCCACGGCCCCGUGCUCGCCGGCAUCCACCACGCGCCCAAUUCUAGGCGGCGCUCGCAUGGCGUCGUCCUCCGGCCUCGCGCUCGACUUCCUGCGCCGACUCCUCUGCGCGCGCGGCGCCGGCGCCGCCCCGUGCCACCUGCCCACGCCGGAAACGGAGCCGAGGAGCCCCUGCAUUGUGGCCAGGCUCAUGGGCCUGGACGCGAUGCCGGCCGAGGCGCCGCCGCUCCCGCUGCGCCGGAGCCGCUCCGCCAGCUCCGCGGAGGGGUCCCCGAGGCCGAGCCCCUGGGACGCGCCGCAGGAGCAGCAGCAGCCGCGGGUGGUCCGGGCGUCCGCGUCGCUGAGGGAGAAGCCGGCGUACCUCAGGCAGGAGAGCGACGAGUUCCUUCUCCUAAGCUUCAGCCCGGAGGGCCACCGCGGGCGCGACGUCAGGGAGGAGCUCGAGUUCCUGCUCGCCGCCGCGGAGCCGACGGGCUGCGGCGAGAGGGGACCGGACAGGGCCCCGAAACAUAGGAGGAAUGGGUACUGCCGCAAGCUGCUGUUCGGCGACGACGAGGCGGAGUCCUCGUCGGGCCGCCGCAGGAGGAUGCCGGCGGCGGAGUGCGACGCGCAGAACUCGAGCCCGGUGUCGGUGCUCGAGGUGAGGGAUGCGCAGGAGGAGUCCACCACCACCACCACCUCGUCGUCCUUGGAAGAGGUGGAUCACGCAGAGCCCUGCUCGGCUACCUCAGAUGAAGUUCAGACAACAUUGGAACAGCAGAAAUCGAGGAAGCUGCAUGCUGAUUUCGACCAGUUCGAUAAUCUGUCUCCCCCGAGAAGCUCUUGCCAUGCCUCCUCAAGAAGUUCAGACAGGGAGAGGAGGAAUAGGAGAGUCGUGAACAAGGCUGAGGUGAUCGCACCAGAUGUCACUGGCAUCUGGCAACGCAUCUGCAGAGUGGUCGAGGAAGAUCUGAAGAACAUGAAAUGGUCGGUACAUGAUGGCGCAGAUGUCGUCGCCGAGAUGGAGUCAGGCAUCCUUGAUCACCUAGUACGUGAGAUGGUGGAUGAAUUCGUGCAGGGAAGGUCUGGAACUGUACACGUUUUCCCACUCCGAUCCAAGGAACAGUUGGGUGGGAAAACUUUUCAGACAAGACGAGCAAUCGGAUGCUACUGAACAAGGAUGGACUGAUUAGUCUUCAGUCGCUCUCCGGUUGUAACUUAUGCUCUGAAAUGUGAUAUCAAGAUCACUGAAACAACUGAAUAUGCAAACAUAGCAGCAGGCAUAGCUUCAGAGAUUGCUGAACCUGAAGAUGAAGAUAUCAGGAACCCUGGAGUCUCUCUGUACUGCCAAGCUCGAAAACUGUACAUGAUUUUACUCUCUAAUUUAACUCCAUGUACUAGCACCUGAAUAAACGAAUUACAUGCGAGUUGGUUUAAAAUAAAUUACAUGCUUGUAGGCCAUGUGCAUACCGGUAGAAAAUGAAAA